UCCCCUGAUUUGACGUGGCUAUGGUGGUCGCCAUUUUAGGCGAUAAGCAGUCGAUACCGGCUUUUAAUCCAAGAAUAUCUUCGUAAUUAAAGGCCAUCGUGAUAAAAUUCAAGCAUCAAUAUGUUAACAAGGAUGAUAUCACUACUCCUGAUUACGCUUAAUUGUUUUAAUGGAGUCAUAGGGGAUGAACAUAAUCAUAUGUAUGACGAAAGUGAAGAGGUUGUAUUAUGGAUGAAUACAGUUGGCCCAUACCACAAUAGACAAGAGACAUACUCAUAUUUCUCCUUACCAUUUUGUGCUGGUACGAAAGAGAGUAUUGGUCACUACCAUGAAACACUGGGUGAAGCUUUGCAAGGUACAGAAUUGGAAUUCAGUGGACUGGACAUAGACUUUAAAGGUGACGUAACAAGAGUAAAGUACUGUCAAGUAGAAUUGUCCGAAGAGAAGUAUCAAGCAUUUGUAUAUGCAGUCAAAAAUCAUUACUGGUACCAGAUGUACAUUGAUGAUUUACCUAUAUGGGGUAUUGUGGGUGAGAUAGAUGAAAAAGGUGAUGGCUACUAUCUCUGGACCACCAAAAAGUUUGAUAUUGGUUACAAUGACAAGCAGAUUGUAGAUGUUAACCUGACCAGUGAAGAAAAGGUCAAAUUGGAACCUGGUGCGGUUAUAUCAUUCAAAUAUGAGGUGAAAUGGUCGCCAUCAAGUAUAAAAUAUGAGAAAAGAUUUGAUAAAUAUUUGGAUCCAAACUUCUUCCAACAUAGGAUUCACUGGUUCAGUAUCUUUAAUUCAUUUAUGAUGGUUAUAUUCUUGGUUGGUCUGGUGAGCAUGAUUUUGAUGAGGACAUUGAGGAAAGAUUAUGCCAGAUAUAGCAAAGAAGAUGACCUAGACGACAUGGAGAAGGACUUAGGAGAUGAGUAUGGUUGGAAACAGGUACAUGGAGAUGUAUUCAGACCAACAUCAUCAUCCAUGUUGUUUUCAGCAUUAGUUGGGUCUGGUUAUCAUAUUGCAGUUGUCUCCCUUUGUGUGAUUAUUUUUGCUAUACUUGGAGAUUUAUAUACAGAGAGAGGCUCCUUAUUAAGUACUGCCAUAUUUGUGUAUGCUGCAACCUCACCAGUGAAUGGAUACUUUGGUGGUAGUCUGUAUGCUAAGAUGGGAGGGAAAGUAUGGAUAAGACAGAUGCUAUUAAGUGCCUCCCUGAUGCCAGCUUGUGUUUGUGGGACAGCAUUCUUUAUCAAUUUUAUAGCCAUAUAUUAUCAUGCCUCAAGAGCCAUACCUUUUGGUACAAUGGUUGCAGUAACAUGUAUAUGUAUAUUUGUGAUAUUACCAUUAACAUUAGUUGGAACAGUUCUUGGGAGAAAUUUGGCAGGCCAGCCUAAUUAUCCUUGUAGGAUUAAUGCAGUACCAAGACCUAUUCCUGAAAAGAAGUGGUUUAUGGAGCCAACAGUAAUUACUGUAUUAGGAGGAAUUUUACCAUUUGGCUCAAUUUUCAUUGAAAUGUACUUUAUUUUUACAUCAUUCUGGGCCUACAAGAUAUAUUAUGUAUAUGGUUUUAUGUUGCUGGUCUUCCUGAUUCUAAUGGUGGUUACUGUGUGUGUUACAAUUGUUUGUACCUAUUUCUUACUUAAUGCUGAAGAUUACAGAUGGCAGUGGACAAGCUUCCUUGCCGCAGCAUCAACAGCAGGAUAUGUGUAUCUCUAUUCAUUUUAUUACUUUUUCUUUAAAACAAAAAUGUAUGGAUUGUUUCAAACAACCUUUUAUUUUGGGUAUAUGGCCCUAUUCAGUAUGGCCUUAGGCAUUAUGUGUGGUACUUUUGGGUAUAUAGGAACAAGUGUAUUUGUGAGGAAAAUAUAUUCCACUGUGAAAAUAGACUAAGUAAUGAGGAGAUGCUACAGCUGAGAAGGCAUAAUGGCUGUGAUGUGAGGGACUAUCUAUAUAUACCAUGUAAUGGGAUAACAGAAAGUGCUGGUCCAGAUAUUCUUAUUUAUGUUAUUUAUGAAUUACUACAACAGCACCAUAUCAAACCAAAACGUCAUGACACUAAGUAGUACAGGGUGCUUAACUGAAUUUUAUAUUAAAUAGACAUGGUAGUAUUUAUGACCUUAAAGCAUUGAUACAUCACAGUUUGAAGAUCUGAAUAUCAUUUUUGGUCCCCAGCAUUUUACACUGUUUUGACAUUGAUUGAAAGAUAACAACAUUAUAUUAAACUAAUUUGAAUUAUGAAAAUUGAAGUUAAAUCUUUUCUGAAAAAUGUAAUUCAAAUUACGAAUAAAAAAAUUCCAAUUUGACCAUGAAAUCGUUAAUGUGAAGAUGCAUUAGAUUAGGGAUUUCUCCUGCUUAUUCAAGCACCAUUUAAUGCUUUCUUUAUAAUUAAAAAGAAAUAUUUGUAUUGAGAUGUAGUUUUAUUGAGUAGUACAAAAAUGAUGGAAGACAUAUUCUAGUCCUUUUGAGUUGAAUAGAAAAAAAACAUGGGUUAGAAAAUAAAAAUUAAUUUGUUUGUAUGUUCAUAUCACUUCAUUACAAUGUAUUGCUGAAAACAAAUGCUAACAUUCUUAUUGUUGUAAGAGUUAAUGAAAGAUGAUUAAUUAGUUUUUCUAUAUUUGAAUGUUUUGAAAGGAUGUUUAGAAUUAUUAUUAAAUAAAGUCAUAAAAUGUUUCAUUUAUUAUGAUGUUCCAAGUGUAGUGAGGUUUCAUAGUGAGUAUAAAAUCAUGUUGCUUUUUAAAUCCAGAAUUAUUGAUACUUUUCUAUUAUUGUUAAAGCAUUUAUUGUUACUGAGAAAAAAUAAUCUGAAGUUGUGAUUGUAUCUUGUUAGCAGACAAAUUUGUAAUGUGACAUUUUUAUUACAUAUAAUUUAUCCUGUAGUAAUAUGUUCUGUCAUAUUGUAUGUUGAUUUUGCCAGUUUUGGCAGAGUGCAUUAUGAUAUACUUCUGUCUGUCCAAACACACUUUGUACAAUACUUCUAAUGGGCUCUGACAUGUUUUUUAAGAUUAUUCCACUAAAUUCAGAAAGUUCUUCAGAUUUUGAGUAUUGUUUAGGAGUUACAGCACUGUAAAUGAAAAUGUGAUGAAGGAGGGAACUGUUAAUUUGUACUAAAGGUUUGAUUUCAUGGAUUUUCAUACAAUUUAAUGACCAAUGGAAGACAGUUCCAGUUACAGUCUUGAAAAAUAUCUGGAUUGUUGUUUUUGAGUCAUGGGACUUUUAAUUAUAAAAAAGGGGAGGGAAUUUUACACUUCAAGCAAACUCUUUAGUAUCAUUAUGGGCCUUUUUUGAAAUAAAUCCAAUUAAAAGUAAUCCAUUCUUUAGUUUGAUGAUGUUUUGAUUUAUCUCUGAAGCAACUGGACUUAUUUCCUGUUAAUGAAACAGUUACAACAGGUGUAUCAUGUGCUGUAGUUGUUAUUUAUAAUUAGUACACCAUUUCAUACAUUAAAUUACUCCCCUUGAAUCAUCAUUAACAUUCCAGUAAUAUGUUAUAGAUAUUGUUUUGGUGUCAGAUAUGUAUUGAUUGUGCUUCUGUGGGUUAAAUCAAAUCUUUUUUUUGUGACAAUAUCAUUUUAAUUUUAUUGUUGAUUGUUAUGACUGGUUGUUGAAUGUGAGAUUUGUUCAUAUCACUGAUUUGCAUCUACAAAUAUUUUGUUGAAUGGUAGGUAGUGUGAGAUUUUGUGACACAGUGUUAACAUAUUGAAAAUAGAGAUUGCUUUAACUGAAAAAUGCAAGUUUACUUAAAUAUUCAUAGUUUUUUUUUUUUUUUCAUUUCAUAAACAAGACUGUAUAAGAUUGCAAAUAAUGAUUAUUUUCAUGAUGAGAAAAAAAUAGAAAUUAUAUCAGUUGCACAUGUCUGAAAGUUGUAAAGACUAGCAACUAUUGCUGGAAAAAUAAAACUGCAGCAAUCAGUGAUAAUAAACAAACUGUGUUUUCACUCUAAGUAUGUACAUUGUUGUUUGUUUUGAUUCAUCAGACUUGAUAUAUUAUCUAUGUAUUAUAUCUGUAAAUAAGAAUAAAAUAUUUAAUAAUAGUA